UACCGUUUGCAAAACAUCAAAAUGGCUGCGGCAGGGUUGCCAGCUAUUCCCCCCGAAUCUAAAAGCGAUUCAACAUUAUAUGAAGACAGCUACAGAACAUGACAAAAGAGAUCCCAUUGUCGCCUACUAUUGUCGGCUGUAUGCCAUGCAGAAAGGCAUGGAGAUUGACAUGAAGUCACCAGAUUGUCGGAUAUUCCUCGUCACAAUGAUGGACUAUCUGGAAAAGGCCAAGAAGGAGCUGUAUGAAGCUGAUGCUAUUCAGAGUGAGGUGGUUGGUCAGGCCCAUAUGGAGAACUACGCUCUCAAAGUCUUCCUAUUUGCUGACAAUGAGGACAGAGCUGCUAGAUUCAACAAAAAUGUCGUGAAGUCCUUCUACACUGCCGGAAUGUUGUUUGAUGUGCUCACGGUGUUUGGAGAACUCUCGGAAGAUAUUGAGAAGAACAAGAAGUAUGCAAAAUGGAAGGCUGCCUACAUCCAUCGAUGUCUAAAGAAUGGAGAGACUCCCGAUACCUGGCCCGAUGGCAGAAGAAGGGGAAGAAGGUCUUGCUGCAGGUGGAGGAUCCCCGCAACCUGGGACAUCGGGCAUGACCUCAUCGGGCAACAUGGAGAACAGUCUCUACACCCGUCAUCGGGCUCCUUUGCCCCACCGACCACUCCCCAGGACCCCCCUCAGAACGCCUAUCAACAACCUCCUCAGAAUCCAUACCAGGCACCCCCUCAGCAGCCAGCACCGGCCCAGUUCAGUCAACCUGUGGUACCCAACACAUGGACUCCACCCCCAAACCCAGGCGGUGUACAGCUGACAACAGAACACUUCCAGAAAGCAUUGAAGUUGUGCAAGUACGCCAGCAGCGCUCUCCAGUACGAGGACUCUAAAACUGCUGUAGACAACCUACAGAAAGCUUUACAACUUCUGACCACGGGUCACCACAGCUAGUCAGCACGUAAACACUCUUCUACAAUAUGUGAUAAUAGGGACUAGCGUCAUGUUUCUACUAACAGCUUCUUGUCAGGCCGUAAAGUCAUGCAACAUUGUAUGGGUUCAGGCAUACAGGACAGGGUUUCUUGGCAGGUUCUUUGAUAAAUUAUUUGGUUGUCACAAGAGCUGCUUGAGAUCAAACUUUUCAGCCAGCAUCUAAUUGUUACAGCGGACAUAUCUGCAUGAGCUGCACCUUGACAAACAUGGCACUUAAAUCAUCUCAUAAACUCAGCUGAUCAUGUAGUUUACCAGCAUCAAACUGUAUUUAGAAAGACAAUCCUGCUUGCUGUCCUACGGUAAACAUUACUAUGGUCAGAUGAACCUCUAAGCAAAAUAGUUCGCUCGUCACGCCGAAGACACAUGUUCGAUUCCCGACAUGGGUGCAAUGUGUGAAGCCCAUUUCUGCCGUGUUAUUGCUGGAAUAUUGCUAAAAAUGGUGUAAAACUAAACUCACUCUCACUAAUAAAAUAGAUCAACUCUUUUGCAAGCAUACCACUGUCCCAGAGUUUACAUGACCAUGAUAACCUGAAUGUUUACUAAACAUUACUGUGUUCAGACGAGACUUUCCAUGUGUAUAAUGUUAAAAUUGUUUUAUAGAAUGGGCCACUAACUCUGUGGGCUUAGCAUCUGUUGAACUGUUCAGUGUUUAAGUAAUUGUUAUGAGGUUUGAUGUAAAGUAAUACAUUACGCUGUAUUGAAGACAUCUUAUACGGGACGGUGAGGUAGCCGAGUGGUUAAAGUGUUCGCUUGUCACACUGAGGACCCAGGUUUGAUUCCCCAAAUGGGCUCAAUGUGGGAAGCCCAUUUCUUGUGUCCCUUGCAAUGAUAUUGCUUGAAUAUUGCUAAAAGCGGUGUACACCUAAACUCACUCACUCAUCUUAUGCCUUAUGUUGAUGUCUAUGACAAGCGAGUGACUAGCGCCAUGGAGUAGUGAACGAACAAUUGUCUCCAAAUUAAACUUAAUAAAGUAUUUCGUUAAUAAUUCUC